AUGUUACGUUCCAGAAUAUUUACACGCGCAAUGAGCUCAACUGGCAAACCUGUUCUUAAGAAUCCCAAGCUGUUACGGGACAAGUCAUAUGUAGAUGGCCAAUGGAUUUCUGCUUCCUCCGGCAAAACAUUCAAAGUUUUUGAUCCUGCCACUUGCCAGGAAAUUGGAUCUGUACCAGAACACACUGCUGCUGAUUAUGCCAAAGCAAUUGAGCAUGCAAAAAAGGCAUUUGCUAGUUUCUCGAAGACAAGCAACAGAGAGCGUUCCAACUUGCUAAGAAAAUGGGCCAGUCUUCUUACCGAGAAUUCUGAAGACUUGGCUAAGAUUCUCACCUGGGAGAACGGCAAGCCUUUGCCUGAAGCCAAGGGUGAAAUUGCUUCAUGCGUUGCCAACUUUGAAUGGUUCUCUGAGGAAGCACCAAGAAUUUAUGGUGAUACUAUCCCAUCUCAAAAUCCCAAUACCCGAAUCCACACAAUUAAACAACCCGUCGGAGUCUGCGGUAUCAUCACUCCCUGGAAUUUCCCUGCUUCGAUGAUUUCCAGGAAAGUUGGUGCUGCUGUUGCAACAGGUUGUACUACUGUCAUCAAGCCUGCUGCUGAGACCCCAUAUUCCGCAUUAGCGUUAGCAUACCUGGCUGAGGAAGCUGGUAUUCCCAAGGGUGUUGUUAAUGUGUUGACCACUAAUGAACAUGUCCAAGAUGUUGGUAGAGAGAUUUGCGAGAAUCCAUUGGUCAGCAAAGUUACCUUCACUGGUUCUACCAACGUGGGUAGAAUCCUCAUGAAGCAAGCUGCAUCUACUCUCAAGAAGGUCUCCUUUGAGUUGGGCGGUAACGCGCCUUUCAUUGUAUUUGAAGAUGCUGACAUUGAUGCUGCUGUCGAUGGUGCCAUUGCCAGCAAGUUCCGUGGUUCGGGUCAAACUUGUAUCUGUGCCAAUCGUUUCUAUGUACACGAAAAGAUUUAUGAUGAGUUUGCCAAGAAACUUGCUGCCAAGGUCUCUGGAUUCAAGGUUGGCAAUGGACUCGAAGAAGGAACUACUCAGGGUCCACUUAUUAAUGAGAAGGCUGUUCAGAAGGUCGACAGACAUGUUCAGGAUGCUCUAGGAAAGCAUGCUCAUGCUUUAGUUGGAGGCAAGCCCGCCACUGAGCUUGGUGAGAAUUUCUAUUCUCCAACUGUUCUAGUGGAUGUCGAUGCCUCCAUGGCUGUUACCCAAGAGGAAACUUUUGGUCCUUUGGCAGCUCUUUCUAAGUUCUCUACUGACGAGGAGGUGAUCAAACUUGCCAACAAUGUUGAGGUUGGUUUAGCAGCAUAUAUUUAUACUAACAACAACUCUCGUGUUCACCGUGUCUCUGAGGGACUCCAAGUUGGAAUGGUCGGUGUUAACACUGGUCUCAUUACCGAGAGUGCCCUUCCAUUUGGUGGUGUCAAGGAGUCUGGAUUCGGCCGUGAGGGCUCGAAAUAUGGUCUGGACGAUUAUCUUGUCAUCAAAUCUGUUGUCAACGCCAUUUAA